AUGAACACCGGCAUCACGGAUCCGGAGGCCCGUAAGAAGAAACUGAAUGCGGAGCUUGCCAACGGCCGACUGGCCAUGAUGGCGAUCAUCGGUAUGUUCUUCCAGGAUGGCCUCACCGGUUCCGCGUGGGGUGACUGGUCGCUCUACACCGCCUCGCCUCUCCGGGCGUUCGAGGGUGAGUUGGGAGUGCAGGCCCCUGUCGGCUUCUGGGACCCUCUGGGGCUCUCCGCCGACGGCGACACCGAGGUGUUCAAGCGCCGCCGCGAAGUGGAGCUCAAGCACGGCAGAAUCUCCAUGUAUGCCACGAUCGGAUACAUCGUGCCGGAGUAUUUCCGCUGGCCUGGUGAGCUCUCCCCGAAGCUGGGCCUCAAGUUCACCGACAUCCCGAAUGGUCUCGCGGCAUUGACCAAGGUCCCCGGCCAAGGAUGGGGGCAAAUCGUGGCUUUCCUCGGAACCUACGAGCUCUUCAUCAACAAGCCCGUCGGCGAUGAGCCGGGCAACUACGGCAAGGGCAACCUGGGUCUCGGCUUCCUGCCCUCUGUGGCGGACCCCGAG